AUGGUUUUCCCUAUUAUAAUUGGAUUGGGUGUGACAAUGGCUGCCCUCAGCGUUAAGUCUGGUCUCAGUGCCUGGGCCGUUUUCAGGACCUUGUCUCCUUUGACCAUAGCAAAACUAAAUAAUAUCCGUAUAGAAAACCCGACAGAAGGCUACCGCGAUGCCCUCAAGUUCAGAAGCUCGCUGAUAGACGAAGAGCUCAGAAACCGAUUGAACCGGUACCAAGGGGGCUUUGCACCCAGAAUGACAGAACCUGAAGCUUUGCUGAUCUUGGACAUCUCCUCCAGAGAAAUUAAUCACUUGGACGAGAAGCUGCUGAAAAGAAAACACAGGAAGGCCAUGGUUCAAAACCAUCCUGACAAGGGCGGGAGUCCCUACAUGGCGGCAAAGAUAAAUGAGGCCAAAGAACUUCUCGAGCAGAGUGUUUUACUACGAAAGAGAUAA